AUGUUGAUUCUUUUGCUUCUUCUUCAACUGAUCAUACCGAAUGAUGCAUCCCUGUGUAUAUUCACAAGAAAUAUUCAUUUAAAUGGUGUCAAACAGCAAUUGCAAGUAGAAUCUUGGGGUGCAGAUAGUAUUCGAAUUCGUCUUAGUCCCGACGUGGUUUUGCAAACUCCAGAUUACCAGGCUUUACUUCCAGAAAAACCACAUUUAGGUAGUGAUGAUUGUCGACAACUGAAUGGAGAGACAUUUAGUAAUGGCAAUCUUCAAUUUACUAUCAAUGAUGAUAAUCAAACGUGGUCAAUUCAACGUUUGUCAGAUGGACUCACACUUUUUCAAGUUCAAUCCACCCAAUUUAUGCCAUAUAUCUAUCCACCCUCUGUCUAUUCACCCAUUUACAGUCUGUAUAAUUUAUCGUUGAGUUAUAUUCAUUCACAAAAUGGGUAUUUAUAUGGCCUAGGAGAACAUCAUUAUGACCAGAACGUAACAUUACCGUAUCAUAAUUUCUACUUACCAUUUCAGUUUUCGUCCACUGCACCCACUAAUGGUGAUAUCACCAUUCCAUGGUAUGUUCAUUCAUCAGGUUUUGGAGUUCUUUGGAAUCUACCAGGUUAUGGUUCAUUUAAUGUUCAAAAUGAUACUCGAAUUACGUGGACUGCAGAUGCAACACAUCAACUUGAUUUAUGGAUAACAACAAUACCGAAAGAAGCAUCAAUUGCAUCGCCAUUCUAUGCCCUUCUUAUGAAGAAUUUUGUUGAUGUAGUCGGUCGUCCUAAUCCAUUACCGCAGUUUGCUUCGGGUUUUUGGCAAAGUAAAAAUCGUUAUCGAUCUCAAGACGAAUUGUUAGAAGUUGCUAAAGGUUAUUAUGAUCGUCAAAUUCCUGUGAGUAUUAUUGUUAUCGAUUGGUUUCAUUGGAUAACAGUAGGCGAUUGGAGUUUUAAUCCCAAAUGUUGGCCAAAUGUUUCCCAAAUGAUGGAUCAACUGAAUUCAUAUGGAAUGAAGGUGAUGGUAUCUGUAUGGCCCAAUGUGGCAGACAACUCGGAAAAUUUCCUUCCAAUGAAAACAGCUGGCUUAUUGACUCACGAUGCUAAUGGAAGUGAUAUAACAAGAGGAGGAAAUGCAUAUAUUGUUGAUGAAUUUAAUCCUGCAACACGACGAUACAUAUGGCAGAAAAUAAAAACAAAUUAUUUUAAUUAUGGAAUUAAAAUUUAUUGGUUAGACGCUGAUGAACCCGAGGGAAGUCGACCUGGUUUACAAUGGUGGUAUGAUCGGCACGAUGCAGAAAUUGCUAUGGUAUGGGUUCGAGAACAUCAUCGCACAUUCUAUGAUGGAUUAAAAGAACAAGGAGAAGAAGACAUUAUUAUGCUUAGUCGAUCAGCAUGGAUUGGAAGUCAUAGAAUGGGUGUUGCCGUUUGGAGCGGUGAUAUCGAUUCAACAUUUGUAGAAUUACUAAAACAGAUUAAAGUAGCACAGAAUGUGGCAUUGUCAGGCAUCUAUUGGUGGACCACUGAUAUUGGUGGAUAUAGAGGUGGAGUUUUAGGUGAUGAUCAAUUUGAAGAAUUGUUAGUGCGAUGGUUUCAAUUUGGUGCAUUUUGUCCAAUCUUUCGUCUACAUGGUGAACGUCAUCCAUCUGUACCUGACAAUGAAUGUGGUUUCGGUAACGGUCAUAAUGAAGUUUGGCUAUUUAAAUAUAGUUCACAAAUUAUUGAUGUUAUUAAGCUUCGUGAAUCAUUACGUGAUUAUGUUGAAUAUCAUUUAAACAUUUCACAUCAAAAUGGAUCACCAAUUCUACGACCAAUGUUUUAUGAUUUUGCUGAUACGGAAUGUUAUACAGCAGAAGAUCAAUACAUGUUUGGAACUGAUUAUUUAGUUGCUCCUGUUUACAUUUAUCAAGCUACAUCACGUUCAGUUUAUUUACCAAAACUUUCUCAACAGAAUGCAGGCUGGCAACACUAUUAUACUAAACAAAAUUAUGAAGGUGGUCGGCGCUACAGUAUCAAUGUUACUUUAAACGAUUUUCCUUUGUUUGUCAAGACCAUGACAAAUUAG